AUGUCCUUCGAUAGAGCCUCGGAGAUCUUUUGGCUCGAGUAUGGCGAGCAAAUCAAGAACAAGGUUCCUGGAGCAGGUCAAAUCGGCAGGAUUUUCUUCCUGGCAAAUGAGGCUCAGAAGGGCCCCCCUGCUGGUACUUACAUCCCCUAUGAGUACACGAAUAAGGGCCUAUACGACCUCGGCAACAACCUCUUGGCCACCGAUAAUAUCUUUUACAACCCUUCCGCUCUUCAUGGAUUCGAUCAAGCUGUUGGCAAUUACUUGAACUGGGUCGACUUGGGAAACAACAGCAACCCUGCUCUAGACUCUGCUCUCCUUUCUGCGAUCCAACAGCAGGAAGGCGCCCAAGCAGCUUUGGAAAGAGAAAAGGUCAAAGCUCUAUCCAGGUGGCAGAAGGAGAUGCAGAUGGGCUUGGCCACCCAACCCUUGCCCAUCUGGGUUGAUACCGGUCGCGCCCCUGCUUUGAGUGCGGCGCAGCAGAACGCCGACGCCAUCGCCCAAACAAUCAUCCAGAUCCGGCUUCAGCAGGACGGUCCCAUGUCCCCCGAGGUUAAGCGGGACAAAGAUGCGCUCGGCAUGGGUUUGAAUCAAAGCAUCGACUAUGAAGGCUACAAUAUGCACGUUGCAGCUGGAGAUGUUCUCACCUCGGAAGAGCUAAUCCGCAGUGAGCGGAACGGCGAAAGGGUCCAGCCUCCAUUCUAUUCCCGUGCCCCCUUGUACGACGCCCCGGACUAUAAGAGGUUCGUGCAGAGCGCUAUGGAGAAGACCUCCAGCUCCGACUACAAUCCAUCAGAGUCAUUCCCAGUCAUAUUCGACGCGAGGAAAGACCCUUCCGACUACAACUUUGGACAGACAAGAAGUAGGGCUAGUGUUAGAGCCAGCUCCGGAUGGUUCGCAUUCAGCACUACCGGAAAACACUUCAACGAAUCCGAUACACUACAGACUGGCCCAGAAACCUCUCAGGUCUCUAUCAAGGUGACCUACGACAAUCUCAAAGCUAUCACCAUAAGCACUGGGAGAUGGGUCGCUGAAGUUUCCAAAUACAAUCUCCGCUCAGAUGCCCCUGAAAAGGUCCGAACCCUCGCCAAGGUGAGCCAACUCGUCGUGGUCAGUGGCUUGGGUUACGAGAUCACCGUGGGGCCCGUGACCGGCAGCCUUCUUGAUGCUAAGCUCAGGGAAGCGUCAUCUGUCGGCGGCAGUAUCAGUGUUUUCGGUCUCCUGAUCGAACUUGGGGGCAGUGGUGGUAGCACCACAAGGAGGGGGCAGAAACACAGAUUCACAUGGGAUAGGGCCAGCAGGAUCUUCAAAAUUAUUCCCAACUACGACAAUAACUAUGCCACUGUCGUCGGUGCUGUCGGCCAUUCGUACGGCAGACCAUUCUGA